GUUCCAUCUCUCUCGGAGAUUCGUCAUAGGACAGAGAUCAUCUUUGGUCGUCGGGCAUGCCUUUGGCAACUGAAAGUUGCUGAAGCCUUUCUCCUUCGAGACCGAGAUAUUAUUUGCAUGGCAGGCACAGGCAAGGGCAAGACACUCACGUUUUGGAUGCCAUUGCUGUUUGACUCGACAAGUGUGCAAAUAGUCAUUACACCUCUCAAUUUGCUUGGCGAGCAAAAUGUCCAGGCACUAACAAAAGCAGGAAUUCGUGCAAUAUCCAUACACGCAGAAACAGCAACCACGCACCAUUUUCAGGCAAUCGAGAACCUGGAGUACCGAGUUGUUAUUGUCAGUCCUGAGCAGGUUAUGAAAGAC